CGUCCAUUGCAGUAAGCAGGGAUCAGACAGGAGCUGAGUGCAAGAUAAGGAACAAGGAUCAGCUGGUCCCACCUGACCUUCUAUCUUGAUCUGCCCUAUCUGCCCCUGGUCAGGUCCCAUCUUGAGCCAGCCUGAUCUGCAAUAUCUGCCACUGGUAGGAACCCAUCAUCUGCCCUAUCUUUCCCUGGUGAGGUCCCAUCCUGGACCAUGACUUGCAAUAUCUGCCCCUGGUGAGGUCCCAUCCUGAGCCAGUCUGAUCUGCCUUAUCUGCCCCUGGUGAGGUCCCAUCCUGGGCCAGCUUGAUCUGCCUUAUCUGCCCCUGGUGAGGUCCCAUUCUGAGCCAGCCUAAUCUGCCUUAUCUGCCCCUGGUGAGGUCCCAUCCUGGGCCAGCUUGAUCUGCCUUAUCUGCCCCUGGUGAGGUCCCAUCCUGAGCCUGCCAGAUCUGCCCCUGGUCAGGUCACCUGGCUGAACAGCUCUAGAACCCUGCUGAUGACAAGUAUACAUUGUAUUUCUACAUGUUCUAGUCCUGCUCUGCACAGCUUGAGUCACUGUCUGACUCCCAUCCCUCUUCCCUGGAUGGCAGUAUGCUCUCUCCUCCAGAGAUAAUGGAAUAUUGCAGCUCUCUGGGGAAGCUCAUUGAAUGUAUAGAGGAGAAGACAUCAUGACUGUACACAGAGGAGACAUCAUCCUCUGCUCUCAGAGAUUAUCCAUAUAGACUCAUUUACAGCCUGCUUGUCCUGACAUACACAUCAGGGUUGCCUGGCACAGCAAUCUACUCUAGCUUCCAUACAUGAUACAUUCUUAUUUAUUCAUCACUUAGUUUUGGACUUGGGUCAAAUGUGGUUUUGGGUUUCCUGACCCCAGCUCCUUCAAUUCCCACCAUCAAGUUCUGGACCAGUUUGGAUUUUGCUAUUGGCAAGGAGUGGAUUGUCCCCGGGGCUCCCAUCCAAUCAGUAUUUGUGGAGGAGUAGCUCAAGGAGUGGCUGCGGUCCAUUGGGAAUCAUAAAUCAAGCUCUUCUCUCACUCCGGUCCUGUUAUUUACAUCCACUGGAAACUAUUUUAUUUGGAUACAGGGCUUUUCAUAGCGUAAACUAAGGCUAUUUAUAUAUUUGUGCGGUUUGAAGGAUUUGCUUAAAGAGACGGCUGGAUAUAAGGAUUAACUUGAUUUUUGGUGCUGCUUGCCAAUUGGAGGUACCUUGUUGUUUUCAGGAUAUUUGGUGAUUUGAGGUGUAUCAAUGUCAUUGUUACGCUCUAUGUCUUGUCUAUUACAGAGCAUGGAGUAGUGUGCAGGUGGCCUAUUCACAUGUAAUAACUUCCCAGGUGUUUGUCUUGUGGUGGUGGGUUGACAUGCAGUGACAAUGUCGGGGUGCAGAAUGUCCAACAUGAAUGGCUUCCUAGACGAACCCCGAAUAGAGACGGGGGAUAUGGCCAGGACCUUGCGGACCCUGGAGAUGGGCACGGUACUGACUCUCUUUUACCAGAAGAAAUCUCAAAGACCAGAGAGAAGGACCUUCCAGGUGAAGAUGGACACCAGACAAGUUAUAUGGUUUAGAACCCCAGAGAAGGUGGAAGGAGACAUUGAUAUCAGAGAGAUUAAGGAGAUUCGUCUGGGGAAGAACUCGCGGGACUUUGAGAGGUACCCUGAAGAUGCCCGCAAGCUGGAUGCCACGUUAUGCUUCAUCAUUCUCUACGGGGCGGACUUCAGGCUGAAGACACUCAGUGUUGCUGCUUUCAGCGAGGAGGAGGUGAAUCUGUGGAUUAGCGGUUUGAACUGGGUCGUGUCAGAUACACAUAAGGCUCCAGGUCCUCUCCAAGCGGACAGAUGGCUGCGGAAGCAGUUUGACGCCAUGGACAGAGGCAAAGAUGGCAGCGUCACUCUGAAGGAUCUGAAAGGUCUGCUACCUCAGGUUAAUUACCGUGUGCCUAACAUGAGAUUUCUACGUGACAAGCUGCUGGAAAUCGAAGCCCGGUCAGAGCUGAGUUUCCUGCACUUUGUCCUGUUCUAUAAGAACCUGAUGUUUGAGUCUCAGAAAUCAAUCAUUGAGCAGCUCGAGUUGUCGUUUCCAUUACGAAAUGUUGACCGACCCUCUUUAUGUCAGAUCUCGCUCUAUGACUUCCAGAGAUUCCUUCAGUUUGACCAGAAGGAACCCUGGGCAAGUGACCUAACUAAAGUACGAGAAUAUCUAUGCACUUAUCUGAAGGAUACUGACGUGGAAAUGUCUGAGCCAGUUCUGCAGCUUGAUGAGUUCCUGACGUAUCUUUUCUCCAAAGAAAACCAGAUCAUGGACUUCAAGUAUGGCCGCGUGGACUCCGAGGAGAUGAACUAUCCGCUCUCCCAAUACUGGAUCUCAUCAUCACACAAUACAUAUCUGACCGGUGACCAGUUCUCCAGCGAAUCUUCUCUGGAAGCGUACGCCCGCUGUCUCCGCAUGGGCUGCCGCUGCAUUGAGUUGGAUUGCUGGGAUGGACCCGAUGACCUACCGAUCAUCUACCACGGGCACACGCUGACCUCCAAGAUAAAGUUUCUAGAUGUUUUGUGUACGAUUAAGGAGAAUGCGUUUGUAACGUCAGAGUACCCCGUCAUUCUGUCCAUCGAGGAUCAUUGCAGUGUGCUCCAGCAGAGAAACAUGGCCUUUUACUUUAAGAAGGUGUUUGGGGACAUGUUGCUGACCAAACCAGUGGAUAUAAAUGCGGACGAGCUGCCGUCUCCCAAUCAGCUCAGGAAAAAGAUUCUCAUCAAGCACAAGAAAUUGGUUGAAGGGAACCUUUAUGAGGAGGUCUCCACAGCCAGCUACUCUGAGAACGACAUCAGUAAUUCCAUUAAGAAUGGUAUCCUCUACCUGGAAGACCCUAUUGAUCAUACCUGGAGCCCUCAUUACUUUGUUCUAACAAGCAACAAGAUAUAUUAUUCUGAGGAGACAUCGCGGUACCAGUCCAACGAGGAUGAAGAUGAAGCAGAACCAAAAGAGGAGUUUAAUAACAAUGAACUACACUUUAGUGAGAAAUGGUUCCACGGGAAGCUUGGCGGGGGGCGUGAUGGACGCCAGAUUGCAGAAAAGCUGCUACAUGAAUACUGUACAGAGACUGGAGGGAAAGAUGGCACUUUCCUAGUGCGUGAGAGCGAGACCUUUGUAGGUGAUUAUACAUUAUCAUUCUGGCGCUCUAGCAGGGUUCAGCACUGCCGGAUUCACUCUCGACAAGAAGCUGGUAACACCAAAUUCUACCUGACUGAUAACCUGGUGUUUGAUAGUCUGUACAGCCUGAUCUGUCACUACCGGGAGGUCCCUCUGCGCUGCAACGAGUUUGAGAUGCGUCUUACUGAUCCGGUGCCUCAGCCCAAUGCACACGAGAGCAAAGAGUGGUAUCAUGCCAACCUCACCCGCCUGCAGGCCGAGCACAUGCUCAUGAGGGUCCCGCGUGAUGGCGCCUUCCUAGUGCGCAAGAGAAGCGAACCAAACUCAUUUGCCAUUUCCUUCAGGGCGGAGGGGAAGAUCAAACACUGUCAGAUUCAGCUGGAAGGCCGCCUCUUUAUGCUGGGGAGCUCCGCUGAAUUCGAGAGCCUCGUAGACCUCGUCAGUUACUAUGAAACACACCCUCUGUAUCGCAAGAUGAAGCUGCGAUAUCCCAUCAACGAGGAAGCCUUGGAGAAAAUGGGGACCGCCGAACUGGACUAUGGCGCUCUGUACGAAGUACGAACCCCCCACCUCUAUGUAGAAGCUAAUAAGAUGCCCACCUCCAGGAGUAUGGUGAAGGCCUUAUACGACUACAAGGCCCAGCGUGAGGAUGAAUUGUCGUUCUGCAAACAAGCCAUUAUUCACAACGUGGACAAACAAGAUGGAGGCUGGUGGCGAGGCGACUACGGGGGUAAGAAGCAACUUUGGUUUCCUGCAAAUUACGUGGAGGAGGUUAACAGCAUUAUGACGCCAGAUCAGGAUGAGGCUUCGUUAUUUUUUGGCCAGUCGGCAGAGAAUAGCCCCCUGGGGAACUUUCUGAAAGGAUUUAUUGAUGUUCCUUCCUGCCACGUGGUCCUUUCUAAGGAAGGAAGAAGCUCCAGACCCUACGUUUUCACCAUCCACUCCCAGCAGAUGUCCCACCCGUCACAGGCGCUGGAUGUGGCAGCUGACACGCUAGAGGAGCUCAAUGACUGGAUUUCAAAGAUCAGGGAGGCCACGCAGAACGCAGACGCCAGGAUGCAGGAAGGUAAAAUCAUGGAACGGAGGAAGAAAAUUGCUCUGGAGCUGUCGGAGCUGGUGGUGUACUGUCGCCCUGUACCCUUCGAUGAAGAAAAGAUUGGCACAGAAAAGGCUUGCUACCGAGACAUGUCCUCAUUCCCUGAGACCAAGGCAGAAAAGUACGCCAACCGCAGCAAGGGCAAGAAAUUCCUUCAGUAUAAUCGGCGUCAGCUGAGCCGAGUCUACCCCAAGGGUCAGCGACUGGACUCUUCCAACUACGACCCACUGCCCAUGUGGAUCUGUGGCAGCCAACUGGUGGCUUUAAACUUCCAGACCCCAGACAAACCGAUGCAGCUGAACCAAUCCCUGUUCAUGCUUGGUGGACAGAGUGGGUACGUCCUCCAGCCGGAUAUUAUGAGGGACGAGCUGUUUGACCCCUUUGAUAAAAACAGCCUUAAAAUCAUUGAACCCAUUACGAUACAGAUCCAGAUCCUUGGGGCCAGGCACCUCCCUAAAAAUGGCCGGAGUAUCGUGUGCCCGUUUGUGGAAGUUGAAGUUUGUGGCUCCGAGUUUGACAACAGCAAAAACAAAUGUGAUGUUGUAGCGGAUAAUGGUCUGAAUCCUGUGUGGAUGAUGAAGGAAUUCGUAUUUGAUAUUAAUAAUCCUGAAUUCUCAUUCCUGCGCUUUGUGGUGUACGAGGAGGACAUGUUUAGCGACCCCAACUUUCUGGCCCAGGCAACGUUCCCCAUUAAAGGUCUUAAAACAGGUUACCGCUCGGUGCCCCUAAAGAACAGCUACAGUGAGGAUCUGGAGCUCGCCGCCAUGCUGGUGCACAUAGAGAUUGUUAAUGCAAAGGAAGAAGAUGAUGAGAAUCUGUACACCUCAAUACAGCAGCUCCGAGACCGAGCCAGCGAGCUAUCCAGCCAAGUGUCCAGCUACGAGCGUGCCAAUAAUCGUGACUCUCGUUAUCAGCAGCGACUGGAUGAACUGCGAGCUGCGCAGGAACAACUGCUGGAGCUCACAGAAGUGCGCAACAGAAAAUUAAUAGAAAAGAAGAAACGAGAACGGCAGCUAGUGAACAGGCGGAACUGAGAUCUGAUUCUAUGUGGCGGUCCCCAUAUCCCCCCAUCCUCCUCUGCUUACUGCUGCAACAGAUUCUUUGGAGUACUGUCACUUUAACGUCCUUCUCCUCCUCUGACUGUGUGUAUGCAUAUAAUGUAAUACCUGUUAUACAGCUAAUAUAUUACAUGCAUGUAUUGGGUCUGCAUACCGCAUUGUACAUGUAUGUGAGUACAGGAAGAAGACUCACACUAAAGGCUCGGUUCCAGUUAGACGCGGUAUUGCAUCUCGGGCACAGAAACACAGAGUUAAUCUGCCGCCUUUUCUAUAUUGUUACAGAUUAUGUGGAGUGCAGCGAGAUGUGUUCUACGGAUUAUUAUUUUCUAUGUCCUUUUCGGAGUUAGUUGGAUAUUUUGCUCUAACUUUGCAAAGCCCUUAAAAUAUAUAAACAAAAGAAUCUAUGUAUUACAAAAUAUAUAAAUAAAGUAUAUAUUUAAUUAUUAAACAACACAGGGCAUUGUUGUUAAAUGACUAAGCGCUAUAAGAGCUCUAUAGAACUGCACUUUAAUCCCUUCGAUUGACGUGAUGGAGAUUUUUAUGUGCCUUCCUGGGACCAGCAACCUUAACCAAGCUAUCUGCUAUGGACUGCAACUCCCAUCAGGCUUUUGGCUGGGAUUCAGGGCAUCAUUUAUUUUUAGCGAGUUGUGUCAGAGGGACCCAACAGGUUAUUAUAGUUAGCGUGAGUGCUCAAGUUCCCUUACUGGCUAGCCCAACCUAAGGCCAGUAGUGGCCAAAAUGAACUACAUAUCAGUAGUUCGGAACUCCUUAAUGGUGACUCCACAUUGGUUCCUCAUUCUAUAUGGACAGACACAUCAUAUUUCUCAGUGCCAGUAAAAUAAACCAUAUUCUGCAGCAGUAAAACCUCUGGACAACCUUUCGUGUUGGGAAGAGUCUACUGAAAUGAUAUAUUCUGUUAUAUAAUGUAUUGUAUUGAAAGACUGCGUCACAGAGCUAGUUUUACAACUGAAGAACGGCAUGUUGGUGUAUGUGUAUAAAUAUAUAUAUAAAAUGAUAAUACAAAAUGUUAUAUUAUUAAAGGGAUCCUGUAAGCCUUAUAUAUUACAUAUGUGUUAAGGUUAUGUGUCCUAGAGUCUCUGAUAAAAACUGAGGCUCUCCAUGGCACCUGGAGAAUGUCUCCUCCUUAAGCAUGUGGUUAAUGUGGAAUUAAAGGAACACUCUACGGUCAGGAGUAUAAACAUGUAUUCCUUACCCUAACGUUUUAAAACAACCAUCUAACCCCCUGCCCCCCUUGCCCCUGUAAAUAUAGCAAAAUCUUACCUUUGUUCUUGUCUGUUGCCUCUGGCUCUGCCCCUGAUCGGCCUGCUUGUCUGACAUCAUCAGAAGUAGUGAUCAAAGCCAAUCACAAUGCUUUCCCAUCGGAAAGCAUUGGGUUGUCUGAGAAUGUCAAGGAGGCAGAUCAGGGGCAGAGCUUAGGAAGCCCCUCUAGUAGCCCUCUGAGGAGUGGCCAAUGCAGUUAUCAUUAGACUGUAAUGUAAACACUGCAUUUUCUCUGAAAAUACAGUGUCUAUUGAAAAAGCCUGAAGGGACUGAUUAUACUCACCAGAACAAAUACAAUAAGCUGCAGUUGUUCUGGUGACUACAUUGUCCCUUUAAUUUCAGUUUCAUCCAAAUAGGACAGCAUUGGGCUGAACCAGCUGCAGCCAGUCAGUUCCCAGGACUCUCAGCCAGCACACUCCAGGCAUAAAGAGCAACGGGUGACAUUUCAACUUCCCACACAUCAACUCCGAGCCUUAUGUUACAAUUACCAGAUGAUCUAGUGACAGACAGACAGUCCCAGCUUAGCAAACAUGGACAGACAGACAGUCGCAGUUCAUUCACGUCAAUGAGAUCUCUCCGCAGCUUCUAUUGCAACAAAUAAACAGAACAUGACCCUAUGCAUGAAUACCAUGACUGUACUGCACAUUUACUACAAUUAAAUAUCGAAUUACCGGCGAUAAUACGUCU